CGCUAAGUUUCUGCCGUUGCGCAGGAAUAUAUAGUUGGUCCUUUCUUGAGUUUCGUUGGCAAACGGCGAAGUGCUGACUUUACUCAGGCACAACAUGUAUGCUUCUCCGACCUCAAGCCCACGUCCUUUCUCGCCCUCCGAGAUAUCGCAAAUGCACAGUGACUGGAGCGACGAAAGUGACGAACUUGAGGCCUUCAUUGACAGGAUUGUCCCUCUGUCAAGCUCCCCGCCUUCAUCGUCUCCAGGACGCACAGUCACACCACCGACUAUUGGCUCAGACGGACAGACCCAAAUUCGUACGCCGCAUACACCAACAGAAGACGAGAUAUAUGCUCCUCUUAGACCUACGGAUGCUUCAUUCGGUUCUUCUAUUGGAGUUUCGGAUAAUUCUGAACCGUGUCAAAAUGUUCUUGAUGAAAGCUCGCCUACGGCACUCAAGUCAUCCUCAUGCGCUCGCCGGGACUCGGAAUCCAUCAACUAUUAUUCUGAUGCCGAGACUACCACUGAAGAUAGCGAAGACAACGAAAAUUAUCCUCUCGAUCGACCUACGCUGAACACUCCCCGCUCUCAAGCUGCUUUCAGUGAUCACCUCAAUAUGCUCCUCACCAGGGUUGCCCUAGAGAGGAGUAUCGCGUCUCCUGUGUCCCCGCUGAGCUCGAAAGAUUCGGUUGCAAAUGUGACCUGCAACUCUCCAGUAUCCCCCGAAGUGUCUUAUACCUCUCGUCGUUCCGUUUCAUCUUCAGGAUACGAUGCUUCCCAAUCUUGUUCCAUGUCUACUGCUUCUUGCUCUUCACCUGCUCGACUCAACUUCUCUCCUGCUGUCCACCCGUUCUGUGACCUUUCAGGGGAAUCGAAAGAAAAUGGUACCCCUGGACGGUCGAACUCUGAAUCCGGCGCUCUGAACAAUAUCAAAGCUUUGCCCCUUUACACUCCGAAUAACGCUGAAAAUGGCUCUGCUGUCCCGGCUGCUCCCAAGAAGACUCAACGCCACAUCCGCAUUCCUGCUUUGUCUGCUGCGUAUUCUACUAGUGCUCGUGUUGCUUCCAACGAUCCUUCAGCCUCCGUGAAGCCACGUAAUAUUCUCGUUUUCAAAGACUUAUACAAGCGUUCCAAUGAUGAUUCAAGCGCAUAUACCCAAUAUCCUGCAAUCCCCAACGAAGCUAGCCUGGAUAUGGAAGCUCCUCCAGCCAAGAAACGCAAGGUCCUUGCCUCUAGGUCUCUUCCUGCUAUUGAUGAUCCCCGCAAGGACGAAAAGCGCGAAGUCGCUGCACCCCUUCUAGCUGCAGAUCGAUUUGCAAGUAGACGAGCAAGUCUCCGAAAAGCCGCUUCACUAGUCUCUGAAUCUUCGCAGUUGGAUGCAGCUCUUGACAAGACCCCAGUCCCUCGCUUCAAAGUGAAGAUCGAACCCCUCUCUGCUGCGUCGACCGUCUCGCACUUGUCGCUUACCCACACCGCUUGUUUGGAACCUGUUGUUCUUUUUUCUGAUGAUUGCACGAAAACAGAACCGGUCACUCCGAUGCCUAGGAAAUCUGCUUCUGCCAAAAGCCGGAAACAACGCAAGAAAGGUACAUCCACGCCUCUUCCGCAUCCUCUUCCUAUCAUCGCUCCCCCUCCAUUUGUUAACAUCCCUCGUGCCCCUGCCUCUCUCGAGGAAUUCGCCGAAGGCCGUCUAGUCACUAUGCUGUCCAAAGAACGAGAGGAACGGUUCGACGACGGUCUGCCUAGUACCCGAAUUUCUAGAAGGGAAGAAAAUAACGUGCUUGAGUUGGAACACCAGACCUCCGACUAUGCUAAGACAUCUGAUGAAGAAAUGGACGAUGACGAGAAGCAGCUGUGGAAGGAGUACCCACAUCCUGAUGACGAAGUUAUGCGCGAAUGCUCUGCGCACGACAGUGCUCGUUCCAAAGUCGAAGACUGCGAAUGCGAGGAAGAACUCACGCUUUUCACGUGCAUUGACGAAGAGUUCCGACAAGAGAUCAUUGAAUGGAUGCUCGAUGCUCUUCCACCAGUCUUUCCAGCCAAGCCCGAUCUUUGUCGCCAACUUCACAUGGAACUGUCUCAAUGUAUCGACACACGAUGGCAUGCAGCUCAGAUGUUCACUCGGUACUUUAUCCACUUAGGUGCUUCGCCGCCAUCUACACCUACUUCGUCACAGCGAAGCUUGUUUGAUCAUAGCCGUAUGAUUUCUGCAAACGACGAAGGCGCGGCCAUGAUCUGGGACAUUGCGACUGCGUGUAUUGCGCUUUCCGUGAAGUUUCAUCGAGAUGUCCUGCAGCCUCUGGUUCCCGUCUUUACAGACGAGUUCAUCCUCAUGGCACCUCACCGUCUCACUUAUGAAGAGCUUGAGUCCGCUCAGCGGGACGUCCUGUCUGUUCUCGAUUUCUGUAUUGGAAGUGUCACGCCAGGUGCAUUUAUAGAAGAAUUGUGGAAUGCUCUUCCAUCUCUUCGUCGCUUACUUGAGACCAAGUCGUUGUGGGAGACAGCCAAGGCAUUGGCUUGGGAGAUGAUAUCUGAUGCCCUCUUCGAUAUCGAUUAUAUACGCUAUUCCACCUCCACGCUCACCGCCUGCGCUCUUGUACAGGGCAUCUCCGAAGCUUUGAUCAUCGAGCGGAAAGGACGACCCCAAUCAUCUCGUUCUCAGCGGAUGACGAAGAUGAGACGCGAUGCAAGAUGUCAUUGUGCAAAGAUUGGUAAGUCGGUCUCGAAGAUCGUGAAAGGAGUCGAGAUGGAUCUUAGAGAAGUCGUUGGUGUGGAUGAGAAAAAUUGGAACGCCUGUAAGUCAUGGUUGCUCGCUUUGGACACGUAAAUGGGACUAUUAUGACAUGGGGCUGGGCUCUUCAUGUAUCCUACUCCGGGUGCCUCGACUCAGUGUAGGGUCGUAGAAACAGGUCAAUGUGAUCAGCACGGAUGGGGAUGUACAACGAAGUUGCUGAUCAAUGACAUACCACGGCGCGAUCGUGUGCGUGUG